AAAAUGGCUUCCACCUGACACGAGCAGGUGUUUCAAAACUGAAACAUUUUAUCACAAUAAAUUUUAAAACGAAAGCACAUGAUCUAAAUCCAUAGUGAACCCUACAACUGCAGUUAUUAGCUGCUAAUGACGAAUUGGAUUGGUCAGUAACCACUCAGGUGAAAACUGAUCGUCGCGUCCUAUUGGUCCGUACUCAGAAAAGGGCGGGGUUUCUAUUGUUGGUAAUUUAUAAAACUAGGAUCCACGAGGGCUCGUAAACACAGAUGUGGAACGCCACUCAACAUCUGUUCCCAAUGGUCGAGACCAGUGUGCUUGUUGUUGAAAUGUAAAAUGCCAUUACUGAUCAAAGGAACAUCUUAAUUUAGUCCUGAUUCGUAAACUGAUAUCAACAAGGCAGACAUUAGUAUUUUUUUCACGAGAAGUUUUAACGAUUAACGGGAACGAGAAAGUUGGUUUGUUGAAGUUACACUGGAUUUUCACUAAGCUCGUGCAGGAAGUCAUUGCUAAUGGGAAGUUUUACCAAGCGGCGUUUGAGAUAAAAUUUUCAAAGAAGUGGAUGUUGCAGACAACAAGCAUUUAACUAAGUGUGUAAAGAUUUGAAGAUCUGAAGAGAAUUUGCUGUUUUAGCAUUGAAGAAUCUUGCCUGAGGAUUUCUAGGUACCUAGGACAUUUAGUGAGCACAAAUAGUACAAAUAUUCAUCACUUUACCAAGGGGAUAAAGACGACAGUUCCCUGGGUCAGUAGCAACAAGAAGAAGGCAAUCACUGAACCAGAGGACAAACUAUCUGCGCCAUGGAAAUAUAGUGAAGGACUCUGUGCUUAAUGAACUGAUGUCACAUUAUGAGGAGAGGGUAGACGCUGCGCUUGGAUGCACAGAAUGAGCAAAGACAAGUCUGCGACACACAAAGGAAAAUGCCGACAACAACAGCAACAAAGCGGUUCGGGAAAAUUUCUCUUUGGGUUUUUAUUCACAUAUUGGUAGGCUGGGUUACUCAGUCUUCGAUGACGUGUCCAACAAACUGCGUGUGUGAAAAACGUGACACAGUUGUCAGAUGUGUGAAUUUACAGCUCUCCUCUAUUCCGACAUUGCCAACUUCGGUGCAGCGGCUGUACCUGUCAGGAAACAAGCUCCAGGUCAUCCAGAACAACUCGUUUCAGAACUUAAAUCAGCUGAAGUAUCUGGAGCUAGAGAACAGCCAGCUGAGGAAGCUGGAGCCCAAUGCUUUUAAAGGUCUGGAUAACCUUCAAGUGCUCAAACUGGGACAUAACAGAUUGACAUCGCUUCCGAGAGAUUUAUUUGACCCGACACGUCUUCUUUUACACUUGGACCUCAGUUUUAACUCCUUCAGUGCAGUACCCAAUGACUGCAUGCACUACUUGACAAAACUCAAAGUGCUCAAUGUCAGUUAUAAUGAGAUCACCAAUCCUACCCUUGGCCCCACAUUUCAGUUCACAAAACGGCUCCAGAUUUUGGAUUUUACUGGAAACCGCAUGGAGAGACUGGAUGGGAGUGUAUUCCAAACCAUGCUGUGGUGGGAAUCCAUUCCCAAGUACCUGAAUCUGUCAAACUGUAAUAUUAAGUACAUCCAUGCUGACACUUUCGAGAAGCUCUACUACCUGGUGGAUUUCAACUUGUCUGGAAAUACUGGGAUUCCCACCCCAGUCCUGCGGGAUGCUCUCAAACAAAUGGAAGCAGCUAGUCUGAAGAGACUGACAUUGUCAUAUAUGAAUAUCUCUGCCCCGUCAGAAAUCUUCAGCACCCUGCAGCUGACAGGGCUGGAGUAUUUAGAUCUAUCCCAUAAUGAUAUCAGCUCCCUGGGCUUGAGGGGGUUCAGUUAUUUGAACCACUUAAGUCAACUGGACCUCAGCUACAAUCUCAUUAGUGAAGUUGGUGACAUGACAGGACUAUCAGAUUUGAGGAAGCUGUCAUUGGCACACAAUCUCAUCAGCAAUCUGGAUGAUACUGUCUUUGAAAAGCUCCAAGCUUUGACAGAUUUGGAUCUUUCCUAUAACAUGCUCCGAGAGAUAACUGAUGGUCCUUUCGAAGAGCUUUGGGAGUUAAAGUCUCUGGAUGUCACUCGGAACUACAUCCAGCGCUUUGAGAUAAGUUCGUCCUUGGAGAGCCUGGAGGCCCUCAAUCUGAGUGGAAAUAGUCUUACAGACUUGGGCUCAAUUCCCCUAUUGUCUCGGCUCAAUUUAUUGGAUGUCAGUCAUAACAGGCUUCAGGCUCUCAGAGCUGAUCUCUUUUCUCGGUCUAACAAUUUAAAAAGUGUGAACUUCAGCAGUAAUAUUAUUACAGAGGUAUCUGCAAAUACAUUUACAUCUCAUGCACCAGAUAUCAUCGAUUUGUCCAGCAACAAAAUUACUCGUUUGGAGAACUAUGGCUGGACACACAAAGAAAUCCACGCAUUGAUGCUGAAAAACAAUGGCAUUCGAAGCAUCUCAAAUGAUGCAUUUGCUGGGCUGCGUUGGCUGAAGGUGUUAGACCUCAGCAAGAAUUCACUCCAAGAUAUCCACCCGGAGGUGUUCAAGGACCUCCAAAACUUAGAAAACUUAAUUUUGAGUGAUAAUAACCUUGGUGGUAUGCUCCAGUCGGCCAGCCAAGCAUACCUUUUCAAUUAUCUCCGCAGCCUCAAGACUCUUUACCUUGACGCCAAUAACAUUCUAGUGCUCAACAACAACUUGUUCAAAAAUAUCACAUCUCUUUCCAGCUUGGAUCUUAGUCAAAACUCUAUGCAAAAUAUAUCAGAAACUUUGCUUGAAAAUUUACAUUCCCUAAAAUAUUUAAAUCUUUCUUGUAAUAAUUUCCGGACAUUUCCUGUAGCAACUUUCAAAGAAUUAUCUUCACUAGAGGAGCUUGACAUAUCUCAUAAUACUUUUGCAUGCAGUUGCAAUUUGCUUGAACUCCGCAGCUGGAUGGAAACUACAGGUGUUUCUGUAGCUUCUUUAGGCAAAAUGGACGCCCAUGUAUGUAGUUCUCCGCCUGAGUGGAAGGGACGACCGGUGAUGUAUUACCGUCCAUCUCCAGAUAUGUGUAGUGAAGUAUUCAAUACAAUGAUCAUUUACAUUAUUGUAGCGGCCGUGUCAGUUCUCAUAAUCCUUGUUAUCAUCAUCGCGUGCGUAUGUCACAGAAAACGACGAUCACGAAGGCGGAACUGUCAUCAUCACAAUCAGUAUGGUAUUGUUAGGGGCAGUGACAAUACUGGACUGCAAGAGCCUAUGAAGCCCCUCCAACAACAACAGAAUGGCAAGAAAGACGGCAAUGUGUGGUUAUGAAAUCAAAAUAUUACAUAAAAAGUACUUAAAUGCUGUUUUACUCUUCUUCCUUUGCCUGUUACAUGUUUUUAGCUUUUGUUUAUGAAGCGCCAUCAUCAUUGUGUCAUGUUAAUUAUAAGCCAAUUAGAGAAAGUGUCUUCAGUCACUUUGUAUAUAUUGACCCACAUAUAGAAGGUUCAAGUGCCAUAAUAUUUGAGCUAAAUGAUUACAGCUUUCAGUGUAAAAACCGAUUAUAGACAGGAAAAGGCGUCCUCUAAAACAACCAACUUUACUGAAUCAGACACGUUUUAGCUGUAUCAGAUACAAGCAUGUCAAUAUUCAUUUUUAGUUUUUCAUUGUUUAUUUCACAAUUAUUCACAGAAACAGAAGCGCCAGUAUAUAAUAUAAGUCUGACAUAAUGUUUGAAAAGAUUGGCCACAUUUAUGACAAGUAGUUUUUUAUAUUAACAGGUGACGAAUGGUACCUGAAAAACGUUAGCUUUCUUUUAUGUGAUCGAUCGAUAUGGAAUAUAAAUAUUUAUAUUAUUGAUGUGAAAUCCAAGUAACCAUUAACGACUCUUUUGUUAAAAUGUAAUAUUCCCAAAUAACCCAUACCCCUUGGCCCCUAUACUGGUCCAUUCCUUGCAGCAAGUGGCCCUACAUUGGCCCAUCAUGGCCGAUUUAUUAUCUGAACCUGUCACUGUUAUUUGUAUGGAAAUACAUAUAUUUUCAGGAAAAUUUAAUAUGCUAUUUUUGCACUGUAAGAAUUUGUUCUUGCUGCCUAUGAACAAAUGCUGCAGCCAUGAGAUAAGUCAAUGAGACAGAAAUUUAUUCAAAAAUAAAAUUAAGAAUUGCAAAUCCUCAUCACUAGCAAUAAUCACUUUUGUGGAAAUCUGGGAACGUCUUCCUUUUUAAUUGUAAAAGGGUGUGAAGAAACUUUAAUAUAGAUUUUUCAAUGAUAAAUUCACAAAAAUGAAAUUCGGGGGAGCUAGAGGGUUCUCCUCCAUUUUCAGCAAUUUUUGUUCUCAUCCCUUUGAAAGUUAACAAACAUCCCUCAAAAAUUGCUAACAGAGAUAGUUCAUGGAAUGUGAACAGAGGUUUAGCCAGGAAGUACAUAGGUUAAUGUAAUUAUCGAGUAAGCUUACAUUUGUCGACAAAACAGACUGCCAACAUGUGAAGUAGUCCUUUGAAGACCUGACUUCAAAUCACGUUAUGUUUAUUAUGAACUAUUGCUGUGAUUUUCAAAAUGCCAUGUAGUAGGUUGUAGACCUUUGAGCAUACCAGUGAAAGUUCACUGCACUUCUUAUGUAGAACACUUAAGAUUACUUCUGUCUGUUCAAUGUUUUGCACACAUUUGUAUAAAAAUUUCUUUCAUAUUGAAAAAAAGAUUGUUCCCAAAUACUAGUUUGAAAGAUUUGAUCACCAAAGAUAAUGAGUAAUGUUUCCCAAGUUGCCCUCAUGUUAUAACAAUUUUCAUCUUCUUGAUUUUCAAGUAGGAAGAUAACACCAAGUUCAACAUCAACAAGUGUUUUAAAUAGAUAAUAAUAAUAAUAAUGGAUCGUGAAUAAUUAUUUAAAAAGGCUGUGAAAAGCAGCUGUCUUGAAAUUUGGAACCCCCUGUACUGUGAAAUACAUGUACUACUACUAUUACUACUGCUACUAUUGAUAAAAGCUAUACUUUAAACCUUUAGAAAGACUUCUGGGUAUACCCUGAGAGUACUACUCAUAAUGUUUGUCUAAUUACUUGAUACAAGAAAUCAUAAUAAGGACACAUGGCAAAAACAGACGAAAACCAUAAUAAAAGCCAAUUUCACAAAAAGAAAAUUUGCAGAAAAUUAAUACAUAUUUUUAAAUACUUUAAAGAGUUCAAAAUUAUGGCGCACAUAGUUCAAAUAUAAUACUUAAUAUGAAAAAAUUCAAAUUAUUUAUUUCCACAAAUUCUUUCUAUAUACUAUUUCAUCAACUAUUUAAAAAAAAAAUGCAGACCAAAAUACCGUGACCUCAGCAGUAAUACGUUAGUCUGUAUUUUUCAUGUGAAUGUCAAAUUGAUUACAAAUGUGAAGCAUGUUUUUCAUAUCUGACUACAACCAACUCAUAAACAAAGAGUAUUUCUUUGAUGUGCUUGCCAGCCCAGGGCACAUCCCUAACUUUUAUGAUUCAUAUUUAGCAGCCUGAAAUAUAAACUAUUGUGUUAAGUCGAGCACUACAGCUUUAGUAACCAGAAUGGUUGUGUUCUUCCUUCAAAGGACAUGAUGGCAAAUAUGUUUGUAUAGAUAUAUGUGAGACUUUUUUUUUCAUAAAAGAACAUUACAUAGCUUCAAUUUAUUUAGCGCAUUUUUGUCUAUCGAUUAUUAUUGUUACAGUAUUUUGUUUUAAGACAGAGAUCUACCCAUAGGAGAGAAUGAAAUUCUAAAAAAAAUUCAUGUUUUAUUGGUAUUAUAAGCUAUACAUGUAUUUAUCAACUGUACAGGAGUAAAGCUUUUAUGUGUCAAAAAGUUGAGGGGUAUUUAUAUCUUCAUUUUUACACUGAAUGGGAUGGUAUCAAGAUUUACAUUAGAAAUCUCAAUGGUAAUGUUUCAGAGCAGUCAGUUUUUGUAUGAUAUUGUUCAGUGCUGACAAAAAAAUAUGUAUGAAGAGAUUCAACCUGUAAUUUUUUUAAAAACAUAAUUGAUGAAAUUUGAAAACAACAUGCAGGCACACUCAGAUGUUCAAUUAUCAUUGUUUCUUUCUUCAUAGAUGUACUAGAAACCUACAUUUUAAAGAAUGUUUAUGAAAAUUGGAGCUAUACUGUUUGGAACCUUGUUGACUAGCUUGUCUACUGUAAGACCUUAGAAAGAGUACUGGUAGGGAUUGCCAAUCGCAUCACC